UGAAGACUGAAGACUGAUGUUCGGUCUCCUCAAGGUCGUGCGGUCAAUAUUUCUGAAGGAAUGUUCACAUGGAUGUUGCCUUCGAAUUGGCUUGUGAAGCACUCAAAUGUAACGAAGUUCCAGUAGGAUGUGCUUUUGUUUAUAAUGGAGAAGUAAUUGCAUCUGGCCGCAACGAAGUGAAUGCAACUAGAGAUGCUACUCAACAUGCCGAGAUGGUUACUAUUAGACGACUAGAACAAUGGUGUCGAAAUAACGAAAAGGAGCUUGACAAGGUUUUGACCGAAUGCGACCUUUUUGUUACAGUGGAACCCUGCAUUAUGUGUACGGCUGCUAUACGGUUUUGUCUUCCAGCUCAUCUGAGAAGUAUUACAUACGGUGCUCGUAAUGAACGGUUUGGUGGAUGUGGUUCAGUCCUAAGUGUGCACAAUUCUCCUAGUCCAGUCGCUCCGCUAAACUGCAUAUCCGGAGUUGAAGCGGAGGCAGCUGUUAAACUGCUAAAGAAGUUCUAUGAACAAGAAAACGAAAAUGCUCCCGAAGAACUUCGAAAACGCAAGCGUGUGACGUAGUUGUGUUGAGUAAUUGGGCAUUUUUAUGUUGUCAUCGACUUUUUGUUGUAAAUAAAUAUGUUAAUUGUGGUACUGGACAACUUUGCAAUUGUGGAUCAUAUGGAUUGGAUUCUUGCUUUAACUGAUGCUGCAACGACGAUGACGAUGAUGAUAAUGAUGGCAAUAGUGGUCCACCAAAUGAAUUCAGUAGAUCUGGAGUUGUUAUUCCUGUUGGUAAUGGGGAUGAACUGGAAGGCUGACACGGUGAAAUAGUUGGUGGACACUUCAAAUGUGUUGAACUACAAUUCCCUGCAUUGCUAUUAUUCUUAUUAUCAUUAGUACUGGUAGUAGUUGUAGCUGUUGAUGUUGUUGUAAUACAGCUGGCAUUAUUGAAAUCUCGUUUCUUUAAAUCAAUACUAGAAGGACGUUUCUUAUGAGAAUCUAAUAAAUUACAAUGUGAUGUAUGAUUCAAAUGGAAACGUAAAGCUAGAACAUGUGAGAAACGUUUUUUACAACCAUCAAUUGGACAACCAAUUGGAAAUGUUUCAUGUAAUUCAUCAUUUUCUUCAAAACAAACACGAUCACUACUAUUAUUAUCAGUGUUAUUAGUAUUCAUAUUAUUAUUAUUUGUACAUAAUGGAGUAUGUGGUCGAGAAUGAUCAGGAUUUUGUGGAUCACAAAGUAUUCCAUCAGUUUUACCGGUGAAAUCUCCAAUUUCAGAUAAUUUCUCAAGAUCCGGUAGAACUUCCGACGGACAAUCGCUUGACGAUGUACUACUACCUCG